AUGGCCGGUAAAAAUUCGUAUGAAGUUCUGUGUGCAAAUUUUCACGGCGCCGUCCCUGGUCUGCGUACAGUCAAAUCGAAGCUCUCUCGGUACGAUAGAUCCGUCCCGGAAGGUGUAGUGAACGUCAAAUAUUUAAAGGAUUUCCUCAUUCAAAACAAUUUACCUCUCAUCGUGUCUAUUAGUGAAGACUGUACCGCUAUUGUGUCACAGAGAAAUUAUGACAGCGCUUCUAAUUCCGUGAUGGGUGUCAGUCUACCAAUGGAAGCAAGCGGACUAAGAAAUCACAGACGCGCGGUAGUCACAGAUAUAAAAUCAAUUGUCGACGUGUUUGAAGAGUUCCCUCGAGCAACGCUGGUGCUUGUAGUUAUGGCGCAACCCCUAGUCGACAGCAUUCCGCCGAUCCGUAUUCUUACAUUUUGUACGGACAACAAGUUCACUGCGGAGGACGUAAAGGCUCGCAUGCAUUCGAUAAUAACAGCAUUAGCAGCGGAAGGGAUUCUUGCCCUUGUUUGUUCCGCAGACGGAGAUGCCCGCGAAAUGAAAUUUAUGCGUGAAACGGAAGAGCUGGGUCUUCCGGUUCCAAAAAGUAUCCCUGUUGGCCAGGAAACGCUUUAUUCCCUUAAAAAGUCAUAUUUUUAUUUUGCUGCUAUUAAAAUCGGAUGUGGCAUAUCAGUCCAGGAUCCCAUUCAUUUAGUGGCGAAGUUGCGAAUGAGACUAAUUAGAUCAGAAAAAUUUAUAGCGAUUGGCAAUUACAUUGCUUCACCGGUCCACUUGCAAACCCUAAUGAAUCAAUAUGAUAAAAGUCGACAUCUGCUAAAACCUGAGGAUCUCAACGCGCACGAUAAAAUGAACUAUGGAUCGGCAGAGAGAUUAUGUCAACCCCAUGUUUCCCAACUGCUCCAGCAUGUUGAAGGUUCGGAAGCGACGCAGUUCUAUCUUAGGUUGAUGAAUUACUCUGCUUCAAGUUUUUUGGAUAAAAAUUUGUCGCCACUGGAUCGAGUAUAUCGAAUGUGGUACGUGGUGUUCAGUCUACGACUGUGGCGCUAUUGGAUCACCUGUGAUAAGGCGUACACUUUGGCUGCAAAUUUUAUGACACUAAACGUGUAUCUUUGCGCCGAGUUUAACGCUCAUGCUUUGGUACUUAUAGUAUUAGCCUUAAAAGACAAACCAGAAGCUUUCAAACCAUGGCUGUGUACCAGCCAACCAUGUGAAAGUUACUUCAGAGGUGGCCGCUCUUGCACUACAAACUGCUCAACAAUGGUGAACUUUACCGCUCGCGAGUUUUUCAAAUCUCGAUGCCGCAAAAUUGAUGCAACCAUUCGCCUUACAUCAGACGGAGUGAAGGAUGGCCUGUCCUAUCCUCGUUUCGAGCGCCCUUUUGACCAGCCGACAAACCAACGCGUGUGGGAAAUGCCGUCGAUGGCAGAGAUGGACUGUAAAAUCCGCGUUGCUCUCGCCGAUGCCGAAAAAGAUUUGAAAAAACUAGGUUUGCGAGUAUCCGGCAAGGACAAGUAUUGCUUCAAUAAGCAGCUAGCUGAGCAACUUUUCAGAAUUAAAAAAACAAGAAAAAAAAAUGACAAUUCGACCUCGUCGGCCGAUUAUGAAUUUCUUGACGAGAGCGAUGAAUCGCAUUUUGACCUAAGAGAAGAUGUUUUCAGUCGAGAGGCUCAGGAAAAUAACUUGGAAGAAGGAGACAGGGAUUAUGAGUUCGACACUCUUGGGGCUGUCAUGAAUGGCACAUUCCGUGAUCUUUCAAAAACUCAUCCCGUUCAUGAUAACAUUAAAAACACAGCCUUUGCUACUCUUGUCCGACCUGAUGGACACACCCAAGUUGUUUCCAAACAGACAAUCUGUUGGUUUCUAGAGGGAAUGGUGUGGAAAAAUAGCAGCGACCGUAAGUGGAGAUUUGCAGGUUGCCCCUCUGGUUUUUUUAAAAGAAAAAGAACAAUCACAAAAGUUGAAAAAACUACCCUCAAAAACGGCCUUUGGGCAGUUUUCAUUACAGCAGAUGGACGAGAUUAUCUCCUCGGACAAGUUCUAGCCUUAGUUGCAAUGGAUGGGAAAAGUAUUCGUUGUGUGAAUGAGUGGAAUGUGGAUGAAAAAACAGAAACCCGUGUUCUGUGUCAAUGGUACAAUAUGGUUAGAGAAAACGGGAAGCUAACGGGUAAAUUGACUAGAACAUUUAUGUUCAGUAAUGGCUAUUAUUCCUGCAAAUACUAUAUAUGUACUUGUCCCAUCCCUAAUUCUGUUCAGCUUGAAGAUGAAGACGGUUUACUGUUUGAUGUAGAAGUUGUCAAUCAAUUGUCCCGCUUCUGUCAAUUUAAAGAAUAA